GUGGCGCUCGCGGCGAGACGCGGCUCCUCGGCUGCGCGAUGGCGGCGAUUCCCCCCGACUCCUGGCAGCCGCCCAACGUGUACCUGGAGACCAGCAUGGGGAUCAUUGUGCUGGAGCUGUACUGGAAACAUGCACCGAAGACCUGCAAGAACUUCGCAGAGUUGGCUCGUCGGGGUUACUACAACGGCACCAAAUUCCACCGAAUCAUCAAAGACUUCAUGAUUCAAGGAGGUGACCCCACAGGGACAGGUCGAGGCGGUGCAUCCAUCUACGGUAAGCAGUUUGAAGACGAGCUUCAUCCGGAUUUGAAAUUCACCGGAGCCGGAAUCCUCGCCAUGGCCAACGCAGGACCCGACACCAACGGCAGCCAGUUCUUCGUGACCCUGGCUCCCACCCAGUGGCUUGAUGGCAAACACACCAUCUUUGGCCGCGUGUGCCAAGGCAUAGGAAUGGUGAAUCGAGUGGGAAUGGUGGAAACAAACUCGCAGGACCGCCCAGUGGACGAUGUCAAGAUCAUUAAGGCGUACCCUUCCGGGUAGAUUUGCUGCCCCCCGGUCCCUGACCCGAGGUGGCCCCAGCAAAUCAGCUUCCAGAUGACUGAGAAUCUGCACAACUCAGAACUUCAUUUUGGCCUCACAGUCAUGGUGCUAAGGAGCCCGGGGGUCUCGGUGAGUUAGGGACAGAAGUGUGUUUCAACGUGAUGCCUCUUCUCUUGCCCCGUGUUCAGCGUGAUUUCCCCGUGCCCCGCAGAAGUGCUCACACGUGAACAUUCACAGCUGACUGCUCCUGGCCAGCGGCCCUCCCUGCUCCUGUGCACGUCUGCUCUGGCACCUGUGGACCGCGACAAAGCAGGCUGUGCUUCCAGAGUCCCCAACCAAACUUUCUGCAGGGAUUCAUAUUCUGGCCUACACUGCAGCCAUUGAUAGCCGACAGCCUCAGAAUUCCAACCCAAGUAGUGUCUGUCAGCCUUCCCAACGCUGGCACGCCCUGCUUCGGUCUCCCUCGUUCAUUCUUCCAGGGAAUGUACGCCUCUCUCUCCAAACCAGAGCAUCCGCACUGCUGUUUCUGACACUUAGACAGCCCACGCAAAGCCAUGUUGAAUUUUUGCCAAAUGAGAACUGCAUCCAACAAUCAAAUUUCUGGGAAGGUGUCAAGUGGGGAAUGAUAAUGUGUAAUAAUCGAGAAGCGAAUUUAUUAAAAGGAAACAGAAGCAUUGGCCAUUUUUUUCCCUCGGGAAGGAGUAGAAAUCUGUAGUGAGCAUAAAGACAGACUGAAUUUUCCUUAAAAAGGGGUAUUUUCUUAAAGGAGAAACACCACUUUGAAAAGAAAAAAUAAAUUUUUUUUUUUUUUUACAUAGACAUUAGAGAAACCACAUAGGAGAUUUUAUAUGUUAAGUUAGCUUUGGGGU